AUGCCGGGACCAGCACAGAGUUGUUCCUCGGAAUGUAGUCCGGUCGGAGCCGUGAAGCUCAAGGGCGAGACCACUUCCGGAUCGAGGAGGUCAAGAAGUACUUCUUCUUCACGUAGUUUACCGACGCCGGCGGCGGCGUCACACGGUCCAGAUCUCAAACAUCAACUGGAGGCCGAGGCACGACAAGCCGUACUAUGCGGAUCUUCAAGAAGUAGAUAUCCCUCGCGCCGGCGCGGAAAGACGAAGACAUCGUCCCGGAGCGCAUCUCCAGUUCGACUGUCGCCCCGGCGUCGUGAGAAGAAGAGCCAGGAUCUUCAAGCCGGUGGCGUGA